AUGGAAACCAAAAGACGGAGACAAUAUGCCCCCAAGUCCCGCACCGGAUGUCGAACCUGUCGGACGAGAAGAGUCAAAUGCGAUGAGACUCCUGGAGCGUGCAAGAACUGCACCUCCACCGGACGGACCUGUGAUGGGUACGAUUUCACCCGACUUCCAACAAGAGUCGGCGAGCAUUUGCACAAUGCUAAUCGCCCAAAGUUUCAGCUACGAGUCUGUCUCCCCGGAAUGAGUGCAGACGAACGUCGAUGUUUUACCUACUUCCAAACACAUACCGUGCCUAGGAUGGUGGGAUUCUUUGAUUCGGAACUCUGGCAGCGACUAGCACUCCAGAUGAGCCAAGCCGAGACCGCUGUAUGCCAUGCAGUUGUGGCUCUAGGGGCCUUGCAUCAAGACUCCGAAGCUAGAGGAAUGCUUGUGCAGAAAGUUGACUUGGAUCGUAAUGACCACCAUCGCUUCGCGCUCGAGCAGUACAACAGGGCCAUUUCUGCCCUACAAAAACGCCUGCAGUCAAACGAUCCUCAGGCUUGCUUGGCUGUGCUUAUGUGCUGCGUCACCUUUGUUUUCUUUGAAUACCUUCAGGGCAAUCGGGCAAAAGCAUUCGCUCAUCUCCAGAACGGGCUUCAAGUUUUGGCGAACCGCAAGGGGAACGAGGCACGUACCCUUGUAAUGUCAAAAGUAUUCCAGCCUGCCCAAGAAUCUACUGCCGAAAGGGCACUUCUGCGAGCGUUCGCACAGCUGGAUGCUCAAUCCGCGUUCUUCAGCGUGUCUGGCUCCGUUACUAGACUAGGAGCACAGAACGGCUACUUGACUUCUGAUAUUCUCAACCAAGAAUUCGACUUCCAAAGCUUGGAGGACGUUAAAGGCAAGCUAGAUCCCUUGGGAAAUGUCAUCUUCCGCUUUCGAACCACCUGCCGGUCAUUGCUCUGCAAUCCAAUGACCGACGUCCUUCAACUCACCGUCGAGCACUACAAGCUACGGACUCAGCUAAUGAAACAUAUCUCGGCCUUUGAGGCAUUCAGCGCGCGAUUCCAUCCAUCCAAGAUGACCACCAAAGAAGCACGCAGCUUGGACACGAUAAGACUUCACCAUAUCGUCUUAAUGGUGGAUCUGGGAACCGUACUUAGCCUGUCAGAGCUCGUAUAUGACUACUAUCUACCACAGUUCCGAACAUUCGUGGACCUUUGCGAGCGCAUCAUCAACAGCAUGAGAGCAGAGUACGGCCAGAAUCUCACUAAGAUAGUAGCCGACAUAGGCAUCAUUGCUCCACUAGGCUGGACCAGUCUUCGGUGUCGAGAUCUCCCCACUCGACAACGAGCAUUAAGUCUUCUUGAUUCUUGGCCCCAUUGCGAAGGGCCAUAUGACUCUCGAUUCUUCGCAACUCUGGCGCGUCAGGUAGUCGCUAUCGAGAGUGAGGGUGAGGUAGCAGGCUUCAUCCCAGAACAUGCUCGUGUGCGUGACACGUCUCUAGAAAUGUUAGGGGAUGGACACCAUGCAGUGCUAUGCUAUACGCUAUCGGACCCGGAAAAGAUGGACCUCGAAGUACAUCGACGGCCAUUUCUUUUCCGAUGA